AUGAAGGGCUGCAUCUGGGUAUUGGUGGCAAYGUUACUGUGCCAGCAGCUUUGCCUCCUCCGAGUGAUGGCAGCAAAGAGAGAGAGGAAGACGAAGAAAGAACGUAACCAGUACACAGAGCCUUUCAAUAUUACUCUGUCAAACAGUGAAGAACUGCAUGGGCAUCCYAAGAUUUUGGAAGCUCCAGAUCCUCGAAUCACAGAUCCACGACGUACCUGGAUCUCCUUCGUCCACCGCCCGGAYGAUGGCAACACCUCCAAAAGGAGAUGUAAAGGGAAAGACAAGAAAUUACGUGGCCUCGUGGGGCCGCCGGGACCUCCUGGCCCCCAAGGGCCUCCAGGAGCACCUGGUGCUGAAGUCACCCGGGAAGUCCUUCUGCAGGAGUUCAAGGACAUACUAAAAGAAGCCAUUGAGCGUCGGGCAUCCCUGGCCAUCUCAGCCCACCCCAGCCAGCUGCCUCCACUGCUGCUCUCCUUGGAGGAAGUUGCACCCCACAGGCGCAUAGAGGAGGCGUUCCACUGCCAGCUCAAAGGACAAGUCGUUGUGGAUAAGAAGACCUUGGUGGAACUUCAGAACUUCCAGUCGCCCCUGGCUAAAGGAGCUUUUCUUCGGGGGAUAGGCUUAAAUCUGGCAACAGGACGUUUCACAGCACCUGUGUCUGGAAUCUACCAGUUUUCAGCCAACAUCCACGUUGACCACAGCGAGCUGAAGAGUAAAGUCCAGCUCCGAGCCAGAGACAACAUCCGAGUGUUGAUCUGCAUUGAAUCUCUCUGCCACCGAUACACGUCAUUGGAAGUCAUCGCUGGUCUGGAAAGUAACAGCAAGAUCUUCACUGUCUAUGUGCAUGGCUUACUGCAGCUGCAGGCUGGUCAAUACACCUCCAUAUUUGUGGACAACAGCGCAGGAGCUCCCGUCACCAUCCAGAAUGGAUCAGAUUUCAUGGGCAUGUUAAUGGGUGUGUAACAUCAACAUCUGCAGCGGGAAGAAUAUGAAUUAGAGCCUUGCAGUAUAUAUUUUGACUGAAGAAGUGUUUACUUUGACCCUCGAGGACUGCUUCCUGUAACUUGUCGGCGUCUUUCUAAACACAGCGAAGAGCCUUUUCUUUUGCAGACACUUCAGCUUGCUUUCAUGGGUGCUCAAGGUGCACCCCAGUUCCUCAGAAAAACAUGCUUUUAUAAUUGGGAAGCAAACUCUGUACUCUUCAAYUUGCGCUUCGUCAGAUGAUCGCUGAACAAUACACUGAAGUUUGGAAUUUGUUAUAACGUUGUCRCAAUAACACUUGUAAUUAGCAUGUCUUUGGCAUUGGUUUUUGGGAUAUUUGAGUUUGUAAAUGAAGGAUUCGGAUGAGAAGUAAAGUAGAGGCUGUAUUCUGUGUGUUGUGGAGGAAGAAGACAAGGAUUUGCCAGCAAAACUGUUUUUUCAUACAGCUGGAAAAGGUGCAGGUGCUCUGCCUUACUCCGCUCGGAUAUACCUGGAAAGAGGCAUGUUGAAUACUCAGACAAAACCCAUUUGCAGGUGUGAACAUGAGGCCUCAGCUUUUCAGUUGUUGUUUCUUUGCAUCUAAAUAUUUUUAUGAUCUACUGAUGUAGCUGAAUAAUUUCUUGCCUGCAUAGUUUUGUUUUUGUGAAGGGGUAGGACCUACCAUGCAAGGGUACCAGCUCUAUCAUGAGCAACACGUAUUCUUAUGUUUUAGUAAGAUGCAGGUUUGGUUUUGGCCAUAUAUUCAUUUAAAAAUGUGUCAGAUUACACUCGAACCAAAAGGUGGGUAAGGACAGCAAAAAGAGCAGCCUCAGAUCAGAUCUGGCACCUGUUUAUGGUUUACUGUUUGCAUUGAAAUAAUGAAAGCAAGCCUAGGAUAAGGCUUUUUUCCAUUGGGUGCCCAGGGUCAAGAAAGUCUAGCUGAGCUCUUUGAGGCUGUCAAAGACCUUAUGAAAGCCAAAUUCUGAGUUUUUGCAAGUCUCUGUUUGCAAAUAUAAGAAUACAAAGCUGAUGCUCAAAAGCAGCUUUUCCUGUAGCACCAGGCUAUGAACUCAUCUUAGUAAAGUCAAAAGAAACUAGCAGUUCAUGCAUCCGUCAGUAUGUUGCCCAAGAUGUGGUUAACAACUCUGUAAUCACAAAUCAAAUUAAAACACUCAUUUCAUGCACCCCUGUAGCUUACCCCUUUAGACUUGCCUCUGUUGAUGCAACUUAACUAAGGAAGUGGCAGGAUAAUAAU